GACUCGAACCGUGGUUUAGGAGCUUGCGACGGUCCGCCAGGAAAGAAGAAAAAAGGAAUCCAAUCCCACACAAGAGAAUCCAAACCUUUUAAGCCCCACAACAUGACGAUCACCUACUUCAAUGAGACCGCCGUCAGGACCCCGGGCGGUGCUGCGACAACUGCGGGAUCCAUCAUUCUUCAGGGCGCCAGUCUAUUGUGGGGAAUCGCCAGCGUCCUCCCAGCAGCCAUGGGACGCAGAAGGAGACACGCCCCGGGCUCCCCUCAGUCCUUCAGUCACCAGGAGGAGGAAGGAAGCUUAGUCAGGGAUGUUUUGUUUAAGGUUCUGGAUGACUUGGAUAGCCCUUCAUGCCUCCCCCUGGCCCUGUGUCACGCCACCAGCCUGCCUGAGAGCCUGCAGACACCUGACCACCGCGCCAUCGUCUCCCUCCUCAGUCCCAUCCCCGCCUUCCCCGUCGCCUGGCCAGACAUCACCAAGCCUGCUGCCAAAUACCAAUACGCAGCCUUCCUGGGCCAGUGGGCGGGGAGCUCCGGGGUGCCUGAGCAGUGUCGCCGCGUGUUCCCUACUUGCAGUCUAUCAGGCGCCGACGUGAUCAACCUUGUGGCCAGUUGGAAGCUUCCGUGCAAAGAUGAGGAGAUGGGUAACAAGAUCGAGCAGUGAGGGGUGUGGUAGAUGAAUUAGUGGUGCGAUAGAACAAUGAGAGAUAAGAUGGAACAAUUGAUAUUAAGAUAGAGCAAUGAAGUACGAGAUAGAGUAUUAAAUAAUAAGAUACAGCGGCGAAUAACAAUUUAGAGCAAUGAAAGAUUAGAUAAAGCAAUACAUAAUUAGAUAGAUCAACUAAUAAUAAUCCAGAUCAAUGAAAGAUAGGAUAAAGCAGUGAGGAAUAGAAUAAAUUAAACUCGUAUAUCUGAUUAAUAUUUUAGAAGCGGUGUGUAUACAUUAGUUGGGCAUACUCAGGUUUUUUAUAUGCAUAGUUUCAUGUAUGGUCUCUUUUUGUUUUGUAUCUUAUAUAGGGUGUAGUUUAUAGUGUAGGAAGUAGUUGUAUGAUGUAUGGAUAGUCUUUCCGUCCCAGUUUUUGUUAAUGCUCAUGUCAUUUGUUGUUUUAUUACUGUAUAUUUGUUACUAACACGUUGAGUUUUUAAUUAAAGAAGAUUUUUAUCAUUA